UUGUCUCACCAGGAUCUUCGCAAUGAGACAUCCAACGGCCAAGUGCCAUCCAUCAUCAUCAUUUGGAAAAGGGAGAAAGCGGUUCCAUUUUUUGUGAAGGACGGACGAUGCGCCUUUCCCGUCGCAAAAAGGUGUUAGUGCUAGGAGCCUCCCGAGCCGCCUAUGUCCGGCAAUCCAACAGCAUCGAACAGACGGUGGCAGACAUUGCCUCUCGCACGAGUAUUGGCAAGACGUUUCAAGGAGGUUUUGAGUCUUCCUUUGGGCGGGAUUUGAUCCGACUCUGCUUGACCGAGAUCAUUUGCAAUGUGGAUUGUUUUGCCAUGUCGCUUCAGUAUGGAGUCGACUUUGAUCCCUACUACCAUGUACGGGGGAAUUUCAACAAGACCAAAUUUCUAGACACGUUAUUGGAGCAACACAAGGCGAAUUGUGGGGAAACCAAUGGGGAACUGGAACACAUUCAACGAGCUCCAUCCCUUCGAUUUCAACAAGUCAUUAUGGAUUACAAUUGGCUUUUGUCAGGGUGGGAUCGAAAGAGUUGGAGGCCACAGCUGUUUGACACUGUGUUGCCGGCCUUUGUGGAACGGGACUUGCUGGAAUUAGAAGAUACCCCCGACCUUCCGUGUGGUAUUUUUCUUCCCUUUUCCCUGCAUGUCUGUCAACAACUUGUGGAUGCCUUUGAGAAACUAAAAGAUUUUUUUUCCAUUUCUUUCAUGAGAAAGAACGAGAUGAAAAAACUCUCCCUGUGGAGGGGAACCAAUGCCAUCCCGGAUAAGACUUACCAGCAUGUCUUUGAGAAAGAUCCACGACAAGAGGAUUCCUACUGCACCUUUGUGAUGGGGGCUGUUCUUGGAAGCGAAGAAGUUGUCCCAAAGGAGCAUUUAUUGGAGGUUCUAGAUUGCUUGGAAGACUUUGAUCAGAUCCGAUUCGUCCGAUUGAGACCAUUGAAACCGGAUGAGAUUGGAACUGGAGGAUGGACCGGCCUGAAAGAAAAGGACAAAGUCAAAAAUGGCAUUCGUCCUACUCGAAAGACGAAGAAACAACCAGCAACCAACAGCAAUGGAUCCCCUACUAGCUCGGAAAAGACCAAGCGAAGAAAGACUCACAGGUAGCAAGGCAAACAAUAUACGGGCUAUCCAUGGUGGCUUCCUUUGUGUCGUGCCUUUUAUUUUUGUUCUGAUCAAGAAGGCUCGCUAUCGCUUUGUUUACAUGUAUUAUUUGCUGGAUGCAGGGCUGAGUGUUCUCUGUGUUUCUCCCGUGUGAUAGAUUGUGGAACUCUAAGGCUAGAGAUAGACUAUGAAACAACAUGAAUGAAUUUGGCUAUCAACAAUCAGUCGUCUUUUGUAUCUGUAUGUGUGCGUCGCUACGACUUAGUCACUAUACUAGCUAGUACAGGUUGAGGAGUUUUAGGUGUGACUAAAGUAGCACCAUUAGGAGAAGUCCUGUUGUAGAG